CUUUUUUGUGAACAUGGAAGCAAGGAAAGUAGUGAUUUUGGUCAAAAAAGUGCAAAAUAUUUCCUGUGUUUCAGUAAUUAGUUGUUAAGUUGUAAGAAAAAAAAUACACAUUCAUCAUGUCGAGUGGUGGAUCGUCUUCUGUCAACCAGGAUCAUGCACUUCAAGUGUUAAAAAAAUAUCGAACUUAUGUUGAAAUGAUUGCUGAAGUUAAUAUACCUGAUGAAAAUAAAUUGAAUGCUGCUCAGGAAAUCAGUGAGAACUUUGAAGUGAUCGUUGUUUCUCCCCACUAUGCUGGAUUUUUAGAAUUUGCAAUUCCAAGGUUUCUUCAGUUCCUUAGAGAGGGUGAGCCACAGUUUAUUGCUGAAGGGGUCAUUCAGCAAUUACGAAAACUUAUAUUAGAGAUUAUUCAUCGCAUUCCCACGAACGAUCACCUAAGACCACACUAUAAGAACAUUCUUACAGCAAUGUUUCAUUUGUUGGAAUCGGAGAAUGAGGAAAAUGUUUUGGUCUGUCUACGAAUAAUCAUUGAACUACAUCGUCAGUUCCGACCUCCUAUGCAAACAGAGAUUCAGCACUUCUUACAUUUUGUGAAAAAUAUAUAUAAAGAAUUGCCUAUCAAUAUUAAAUCUUCUUUUGAAGUAGUACAGAUUACGACAACUGGGUACUUACCAGCGGAGGUGAAUGGUGGCGCUACUACACCAGCUAGUACUCCUAGUACAACUGUCUUAAGUAGUCCAAAUCAAGCUACCAAAUCUAGUGGUGAUCUCACUAUGGCUGCGAAGGGCGGACAACAGCAAACCGUCAUACCGAAGGCUGCUACGUCAUUGAAAGUAUUGGCGGAGUUACCAAUUAUUGUCGUACUACUCUUUCAACUUUACAAACAAAAUGUUUUGGGCGAAAUCAGGGAGUUCAUACCGUUAAUCAUUAAAACCAUAGUGUUGCAACCGUCAAUGCAAGCCAGGAGUGCGCCAAGUUUCAACAAAGAAAUUUACGUUGAUUUUGUUGCGGCACAAAUUAAAACCCUCUCAUUUCUUGCUUUCAUCAUCAGAGCUUACCAGGAAUACGUGAAUAACUUUGCUUCAAACAUGGUUGGUGGAAUGUUGGGUUUGUUUCGAUAUUGUCCUCAGGAAGUCGCACAUUUGCGCAAAGAGUUGUUAAUUGCAGCACGUCACAUUCUGGUCACUGACUUACGAAACAGAUUUGUUCCCCAAAUUGAUCAAUUGUUUGAUGAAGAUGUUUUAAUUGGUUCUGGCUGGACCGCACGCGAGUCACUACGUCCACUGGCGUACAGCACAUUGGCAGAUCUCGUACAUCACGUGAGAAGUCAUCUUCCCCUUCAACAUUUAUCCCUCGCUGUACAUUUGUUCUCCAAAAACGUCCAUGAUGAAUCCCUUCCAGUCAGCAUUCAAACCAUGUCAUGUAAAUUGCUACUAAACCUUGUUGAGGGAAUACGUAAGAGUGAUGAACAGGGAACAGGCCGUGAAAUCUUGAUGAGGAUGCUUGAAGUUUUCGUGAGGAAAUUUCAUUCUAUUGCAAUGCAUGAACUGCCAGUUAUCAUGGAGAAGUGUGAGAAAAAAGGUGAAUCAUCCGCAAGUAGCGCUAAGGACCAGGCAACAACUAGUGAUAACACUUCGCAACCACCGAAGAUUUCUCUGCCUUCCUUCAUUCAAGAAUCAGAUUCAUCCACAAGCAAGAAAUCUGGUGACUCCAAAGCAAGUAAUUUCUCAGCAGCUGAUUGUAAAAGUAUGGUGAAGACAUUGGUUUGUGGUGUGAAAACUAUUACAUGGGGUGCUGGAUCUUGCAGAGAUGUUACAACAACACCCCAGACACAAGCGACAACAGAAAAACAUUUCCUUCCGCAAGAGACACCUUUGUUUUCACGUCUACUGAAAUAUGCUUUACAAGCUUUGGAUAUUUACCAAAUUGUUCAAUCCUCAAAUGGAACAUAUUAUAUAAGGACACCAAAUUCGCAGCAGAUUCGUAUGAAGGAAGAGAAGGAAAUACUUGAACAUUUUGCUGGCGUUUUCACUAUGCUGAAUACAAACACAUUUAAAGAGGUUUUUCAAGAGAACAUUGAGUAUCUGGUUGAACGUAUCCAUGCCAAUUUUGCUCUGCAGAUUAUUCCAAAUUCCUUUUUGGCUAACCCUCAUACGUCUGCAACAUUCGCAACAAUAUUGAUGCAGUUUCUGUUGAAUAAACUGGACGAAAUGGGAACAAAUGUUGAAAAUUCGAACUUGUACCUGAAGUUAUUCAAACUUGUUUUUGGUUCAGUGUCUUUAUUUGCAUCUGAAAACGAGCAGAUGUUGAAGCCUCAUCUUCAUGAAGUUGUAAACCGAUCAAUGGAACUUGCUUGCACUUCGAAAGAGCCUUACAACUAUUUCCUUUUAUUACGUGCGCUUUUUAGAUCUAUCGGAGGAGGAAAUCAUGAUCUCCUCUAUCAAGAAUUUCUUCCUCUUCUGCCGAAUCUUUUACAAGGUUUGAACAAUCUUCAAAGUGGCGUUCACAGACAAUAUAUGAAAGAUUUGUUUGUUGAACUAUGUCUAACAGUCCCUGUCCGGUUAAGCUCUCUGUUGCCAUAUCUUCCCAUGUUAAUGGAUCCCUUAGUUUCUGCGCUCAACGGAUCACAGACGUUAGUUAGUCAGGGGCUCCGUACGUUGGAGCUUUGUGUGGAUAAUCUGCAGCCCGAUUUUCUCUACGAUCAUAUUCAACCAGUUCGAGCAGAGCUUUUUCAGGCUUUAUGGAAAACACUUCGAAAUCAGAGUGACGCUAUUGCGCAUGUCGCGUUCAGGGUGCUAGGGAAGUUUGGUGGUGGUAACAGACGUAUGCUCAAGGAACCUCAAAAGCUUGAUCAUAAUGAUAUGGAAUCUAUUGGACCUUGUAUAUCAAUAUUUUUCCCAGAGAGCAACUCGGCUGUCACCUUACCAGUCUCCUCAGUGAUUGAAAGUGCGCUCAAAGAACUAAAGUCAGCCCCCGCACCAGCCCCCCAACAAACAACAUCACAACAACAACAGCAGCAACAAACCACUGUUCAAGAAUUGGAUAAUACCGCAUUUUAUAGAAAGCAAGCAUGGAUUGUUGUUCAGUCAUUCCUCGUGACAGUUAUAUCAUUUGAAGAUUCUGCGGACGUUUUUGAGAAGUUCCUAAGUCAUGAUAGUUUCAAAAGUUCUACUCCACCUAUCACUGGGAAGAGUGCUCGUCCGCCUGCAGUAGAUGUGGCAGCCAGGCAAACACUCACUAAUGCUCUCUUAGGAAUGCUCGUGGCGUCAUCGGUAACAGACAUUAAAUCCGACGUUAUUCCAUUCCUUUGUCACAUUGUCCGGCACUAUACUAUACUUGGUGUUGUACAACAAUCUGGUCCUUGUGGCAGUAAACCAUCCACAAACCCUCAAGGCGCUGAUGUUCACGUCCUUAUUGAUGCAAUUGCCUCUGUCAUGAUGCUAGAGGAAAAGGAAUUAUGCAAAACAGGAGAACUUGCCAUUUCAGUCAUGCAUGAAACUGCAAGCCUUAUUAUGGGAGAUUUAUACAAGGCUUUGCAACUUCCUUUGUUCGAGUACCUGGUGGAAAAACUGUGUGAAUGUUGUUAUGAACGAGCAUGGUUUGCUAAAGCUGGAGGAUGCAGUUCCAUUGCAUUUCUGAUGAAAACAAUGCCGCUGAAAUGGGUGAUUGAACAUCAAUUGCUCUUCGCAAAAGCUCUCAUGUUUGUGAUGAUGGAUCUUACAAACGAAGUAUCAGCAGGCACUGUUGACUCGGCAAAGGAAACCUUAGAGAAACUAAUACGCCAAUGUAAUAAAAAGGACGAAAAGGAUGAGGAGAUCAUAGCAGUGCAGAAACGUUGUUGUCCAACAUUAUUGCAACAUCUUGUGAGGGAAGUGAUUUCUUCAAACGACGUUGUACGAGAACAGGCGCAAUGUUCGUUGAAUGUCCUAUCCGAAAUAUCAGGAAAGUCAGUGCAUGACAUAAUGGAACCACACAAAGGGCUCUUAGAUGAUAUGAUGCCUCCUAAGAAACAUCUCCUAAGACACCAACCAGUCAACACUCAGAUAGCUUUAAUGGAUGGAAAUACAUUCUGUGCUAAUCUAGAACCAAGACUGUUUACGAUUGAUCCUAUAACUGUCAAUGAACACAAGAUCUUCUUUAAAGAGCUUCUAUUUCUCUGCGAGGCUGAUGAUAAUCAACUACAAAAACUACCCUGUUAUAAACACGUCCAGAGUUUUUCUGAACUUCGUACGAAAGCCUUGUAUACCCUGGCAGCAUAUCAUUAUAUUCCACAAGUUCGAGAUACAAUAUUCAACGCAUUAUAUAAGGCCCUAAAUUCUAGUGUAUCAGAAGUACAAAAUGCUGGAAAUGAGGCUCUGAAAAAGUUUUUAGCCAAGAGCCCCCCAAUAGAAGCAGAGACUGUCCAGCAAGCCAUACGUCCUUUGUUCUUGCUACUUGGUGAUCACAGGCAACUUAGUCUACAAAUCAUUAAGCGACUUUCUUUCGUUAUGGAGUUAUUUCCGCAUUUAUUCAAUGAAAAACUUUGCGAGCAGUUACUGACUCACUUAAAGAACCUGGUUGAAAUGUGUGUGAGUGCAGCCAAUCAAAUUCAGCAAGGUGCAAAACCUAACAAGAAGAUGGAUGAUGUUAUCGAUAUCUGUGCUGCCAUUAUCAAUAUAUUUCAUCUAAUAAAAGCAGCAUCAACAAAGUUGAUCGAGCCGCUAAUUCAGAUGGUGUUGAAAGUGGAGAAUGCUUUACUGACGACCAGUUCGUUUCGUAAACCUCUACUAAAGUUCCUCGUUCGUUUCCCAUCCCAAACUGUUGAUUACUUCCUUUCACACAUUAGCAUUUCACAUACAAGCAGAUUGUUCGUGUAUUUCUUGCAACAACAAGAUGCAAAACCAUUACGUGGGGCAAUUGAGGCAAGUCCUCUGAAGUUGGUAAAUAGUACAUUCCUCGGUGCUCAGUCACAGGCAGAAGAACAGGCCGCAAAUUUCCAAAAUAAACUCGAGUUACAAUUCCAAGGAAUACUUAUUGUCAGGAUUCUCGUGAAGUUCAACGAUGAGUGGCUCUCGCAUAAUCGAGUUUUGAUUGGACAUUUGAGAAGAAUAUGGACGUCCGAGAGUUUUCAAGACAGAAUAAAAAAGGAUGGUGUGCCUGUUCACCGCUGGAGAGAACCCAAGCUUCUUGUCAAAUGUUUGUUAAAUUAUGUUCAACACAGGCCGAGUGAAGUGGAACUGCUGUUUGAUUUAUUACGUGUGUUCACCCACAGACAUAUUCCAGAUUUUCAAUUUCUCAAGCUAUUUAUGAAGGAUGAUGUUGCGAAGAACUAUACAGUUGAGCAGAAACGUGCCGUGUUUUUCAAGUUUGUUGACAUUGUUCACGAUGAGAAUUUUCCACAAGAUUUAACUGCAAAGGCUUUGCAAUACAUCAUCAUUCCAAUGUUCGUUGCAUCAUUUGAGAAAGGUGCAAGCGAAACCGACGCUAUCAUCGGUGGACCUCCAAAUCCCGAGCAAGAUAACGAAGAAAAUGUCAUCAGCGUUUUCGUCAGUCGCGUGAUAGACCCAGAUAAUCCAUUUAAGACUUCGGAUGCUGUUCGCAUACUUCUCUUGCAGUUUUCUGCUCUUCUAGUGGAACACGCUUCACAACAUAUUCAUGAUGCUAAUAACAAAAAACAAGGAAGAAAGCUAAGGCGGAUGAUGACAUUUGCUUGGCCGUGUUUGUUACCAAACAAGCAAUGUGUUGAUCCAGCGACAAAGUACCAUGGUCAUCUAUUGCUUGCACAUAUCAUCUCUAAAUUUGCAAUUCACAAAAAGAUCGUCCUCCAGGUAUUCCAUCGUUUAUUGAAAGCUCAUGCUGCAGAGGCACGUAAUGUUGUUCGUCAGGCUCUUGCCAUAUUAACUCCAGCUGUUCCCACAAGAAUGGAUGAUGGAAAUCAAAUGUUAGCACACUGGACGAAAAAAAUCAUUGUUGAGGACGGACACACACUGCUUCAGCUAGUUCACAUGUUACAAUUGCUAGUUCGACACUACAAAGUCUACUAUCCUGUCAGAAAUCAUCUUAUUCAACAUAUGAUUACUGCCAUGCAGAAAUUGGGUUUUACAAGCAGCGCUACAAUAGAAAAUCGUAAGCUAGCUGUUGAUCUUGCGAAUGUCAUUAUUGAAUGGGAAAUAAGACGUACUAAAGAAGAACAAGACACUUCAGAGGGAUCGAAAGUGGAAGAGAAAGAGACAACAACUGGUGCUGUGAAACGUACUGCGGAUGAUAGCACUCAAGGCCAAGAUCCAAAGAGAAUGAAAACAACUACGCCGGGCACAACGCCAAAAGAUGGAAGUCUCCUUGCUCAACAACGAGCUCCCGUUGAUAAACAUCAUGCUGAUGCUGUUGUCAACUUUCUUCUGCGGGUUGCCUGCCAGGUAAACGAAUCCUCUACUACUGUUGGUUCCCCCGGGGAAGCAUUAUCCAAGAGAUGCGUGUUGCUGUUAAAAACUGCUCUCAAACCUGGUUUCUGGCAAGGAACAGAUCUUAAGCUGACCUGGCUGGAUAAGUUGUUUGUCACUCUUGAUCAGACUCCUGGCACUAAUUUCAACAAUGUCUGCACGGGUCUUGAAAUCUUAACCUAUCUUCUUACUGUUGUGCCUCGAGGAGAAAUUUUACCACUACUGAAGCCAUUACAGCGUGGUGUUGUUGCGUGCAUGACCUGUCAAAAUAACAAAGUGAUUAAGGCCGUUCACACAUUUUUGGGAAAAUUGACUAACCUUUUCCCGAUUGAGUCAGUUACUGUGACAAAUAAAUAUGAAGAACUGGAAAUUUUGUAUUCCAACCUUGGAAAAGCUAUUUAUGAAGGAUUAAGCAACUACACAAAGUCUGCUACACAAGUCGCCACAUCUACCCUUCAGGGUCCACUUAUGUUUCUGAAAGCAGCAUAUACAAGUUGUCCAUCGUAUAUUGACAGGCUCAUUGUCCCAUGCAUCCGCGCCUUGCAGAAAAUGCAGAAAGAUCAUAUUGCUGGAUCGUCAGUAGGUGAUAUGUUAACAACCUGUGUUAAUUUGCUCUCGUCUCGUCUCGGUGCUAUGGAUGGUGAAGCAAGAAAACAUUUUAUUCUUAUCCUUGCGCAACUAAUAGAGAAAUCUCCGGAUGCUAAGUUACUGAAAGCAAUCACUCAAGUAACUGAAGAAUGGAUAAAGGCAACUGUUACGCCGCAAAAUCAACAACAUCUUCCAACGUUACGCGAGAAAGCAAUUGUUCUUUGCCGAAUGAUGCCGAACUACGAGAAACGCUUUCCUGAAGAUUUUGAACUUCACGCACAGUAUUUAGAGCUCAUUAACUAUGUUUACAGAGACGACAGUUUGCUGGCAACCGAACUUGCUGCUAAACUUGAACCGGCCUUCAUGUCUGGACUUAAAUGCAUUCAACCUCAGAUUAGAUCACGCUUUAUGGAGGUAUUUGAUCAAAGUGUUAGCAAGAAGCUCUAUGAACGCUUACUUUACAUAUUUUGCUCACAGAAUUGGGAGUCAAUGAAAAGUCAUUUCUGGAUCAAGCAAUGUAUAGAGCUCCUGUUAGCUGCAGCAGGGUGUGAUCGUCCCUUGCAUUUGUCAAGUACGUUCAAUAAGCUGCCUUCGCUGUCAUCAAUCCUCAAAAAAUCGAACAAGCCCGAAGCAAAAGCAAUAUUAGAAAGUGCAACGAAGAAAAAUGGUGAAGUGGCAGUCAAAGAGGAACCGAUGGAUACGACAGACUGUAAAAACUCAAAUGCUUCUUGUAAUAGCUUUUUAUUCUCCAAAGAUUCCGCUGAGGAUAUUUUUGCCUUGAUGGAAAAUACAGAGAAUCUUCCUGAUGCUACAUCUUUGACCGAUUCUUCAGCUGCUCUUAAAACUCUAGUCCGGAAACACCACGACUUUCUGACUGAGCAACGAAAGAUUAAGUGUACACCAUUCCUCGGAGCUUUGGCACAACUUUGUCACCGGGACACGAAACUUUCUCACGAUGUUUGGAUUACUCUGUUUCCAGAACUUUGGAAACUCCUUAGCGACAAGCAACAACAGAUCCUUGCUGGUGAGUUAAGUCCGUUUAUGUGCAGUGGUACAAACUGUGUUCAACUGGACAGUCAUCCGAGUGUUGUUCAUACUAUGCUUCAAUCAAUUCUGCGCUGUGAACCAACUGUUCCAAUGCGACCAUCUAUUUUGAAGUAUCUUGGCAAAUCCCACAAUCAGUGGCACCUUUCAACACUUGUUCUUGAAGAUUACGUCACUCUCUGUGAAGAAUAUGUAAAUCCUCCAUUGUUAAAUCAACAAUCUCAAAAUAUGGAGAGCGUUUACGAAGAAGAUGUUUCGGAUAUCAACACACAGGAAACUCUGGAUGCUUUAGCGGAAAUGUACUCUUUAAUAAACGAAGAAGAUAUGUGGGCUGGAUUAUGGUUAAGAAGAGCCAGAUAUCAAGAGACAGCAACAGCUAUUGCAUAUGAAAAUCAGGGAUUUUUUGAACAGGCACAAACAACUUACGAAAUGGCUAUGAACAAAGCUCGUGAUGAGCACACCCGCGCUCCAGCGAUGGCUCAUGUUCUGCCUGAGUACAAGCUAUGGGAGGACCACUGGAUCAAAUGUUCCCAAGAACUGGGUCAAUGGGAUCUUUUAAUGGAGUUUGGAAAAUCAAAAGGAAACAACAAUCCAUUUCUAGUUUUAGAAAGUGCUUGGAGGGUUCCAGAUUGGCCCUCGAUGAAAGAAGCAUUAGCACAGGUUGAAAAGGGAUUUCCUGACUCUAUUCUUUACAAACAUGAUCUUUACCGAGCUUAUAUUGAAAUAUGUAACCCAGAAGAUCAACAACAUCUGAAAAUGAGGGAGGUAGAAAAGUAUGUGGAAACAUCAAGUACCCAGGCAAUCAGGUUAUGGAAACGUCUACCCAAUAUCAUUUCACAUCAACACAUUCCACUACUCCAGGCUUCGCAACAGAUUGUUGAACUUCAAGAAGCUGCUCAGAUCCGAGCUGGUAUUCAACUUCAAACAAUUGGCCGAAAUACAAGUUUGCACGACAUGAAAGCUAUUAUUAAAACAUGGAAAAACCGCUUACCAAUGAUCUCGGAUGGUCUGAGCCACUGGAGUGAUAUAUUUCAUUGGCGACAUCAUCAUUAUGAGGCGAUUGUCAGUGCAUAUGAUGCACAACACGACCAGACAAACCAUUCAAUGCAGGGUGUUCAUGCGUCCGCAUGGUCCAUCAUUCGUUACGGUCAGGUGGCAAGAAAGCAGUCCUUGUCUGGUGUGUGUUUGGAUUCUCUUAGCAGGAUUCACACAAUUCCCAGUGUUCCAAUUAUUGAUUGUUUUCAAAAAAUCCGUCAGCAAGUCAAGUGUUAUCUUCAAAUGGCUGGGACCAUGAGAAAGCAGGAAUUACAGGAGGGCCUUGAAGUUAUCGAAAGUACAAACCUGAAAUAUUUCUCAAAGGAGAUGACGGCGGAAUUUUAUGCUCUGAAAGGAACUUUCUUGGCUCAAAUUGGACGGUCUGAAGAUGCUAACAAAGCAUUUUCCCAGGCCGUUCAAAUGCAUGACAAUCUUAUUAAAGGCUGGGCAUUAUGGGGUGAUUACUUGGAUAAUAUAUUUGUAAAGGAAAGAACGAUGUCUUUGGGUGUGUUUGCCAUAAUAUGUUACAUGCACGCAUGCAGGAAUCCGAACGAGGCUAAAUGUCGCAAAUAUCUAGCCCGAACAAUAUGGUUGCUCACUUACGAUGAUGAAAAGAGUGUCUUGGCAGAAGCUUUGGACAAAUAUUGUGUUGGAGUACCUCCUGUUCACUGGCUUCCAUGGGUGCCUCAGCUUCUUACAUGUCUUACACGAAAAGAAGGAUCAAAGAUUUCAAGCUUACUUCUCCAAAUAGGGCGUGUCCAUGCUCAGGCCAUAUAUUUUCCCAUACGAACCUUAUAUCUUACUCUGAAACUGGAACACAGGGAAAAAUAUAAAAUGGAAGCCAGCUCGUUACAUAAAACUAAUAAACAAAGCUCUGUAUCAACACCAACAACAUCAUCUGCUCCAACGACUGCUGCAGCUGGCAGUCCCAGCACAGUCACGACAAAUACCACAACUGUGAGUCAGGAUGAAAAGUCAAAUUCGAUCACGACUACUCCAACAACAACACCGACGGACGCUGCUAGUGCUGUAACAAGAACGUCUGUGACUCAAAGUGGUGCAGCGGAUUCACCCAGCUCGGAUAAUUCCUCAAAACCAAACGAGACAACUGCAACGUCAACGGCAAACACAUCAACUCCACAGGCGCAGGCAUCUCAAAGUGGUGAACAAAUGCGCGUGACACCGUCGAUGUGGCUGUGCAGUCGUAUAAUGCAUGCAUUACGAGAUUUGCAUCCUACUUUGCUCGCUGCUCUUGAGGGCAUUGUUGACCAGAUGGUCUGGUUCCGUGAAUGUUGGCACGAAGAAGUCCUACGACAAUUACGACAAGUUCUUACUAAAUGUUAUCAAACCGCGUUUGAAACCAGAACUGAUGUUUCCAAUGCGAAAAUAACUCCUCACACGAUGAGUUUUGUCAAGAAACUGGUGAGCACUUUUGGAGUGGGGUAUGAAUUGGGCAGUUCUACUUCUCAGCAGUGCAGUUCCACAGGAUCGGAAUCAUUGGCAAGACGAGCACAUGCCACUGCACAGGAUCCGAUGUUUCAAAAAUUGAAAGAACAGUUUACAUCUGAUUUUGACUUCAGUUCGCCAAAUUCUAUGGGUCUUCAUCAGUUAAUCACAAAGCUGAAGAAGUGGAUCAAGAUUCUUGAAGCAAAAACGAAACUUUUAUCAAGCUCAUUUCUACUUGAAGAAAGGUGUCGUUUCCUUAGCGUAUUUUCCAUCGCGACCGCCGAUGUUGAAUUACCUGGUGAAUUUCUCAUGCCCAAGUCAAACAUUCACAGUCAUUAUUACAUCCGUAUUGCUCAGUUUAUGCCUCGUGUUGAACUGGUCCAAAGACACAAUAUGUCAGCUAGAAGGUUGUUCAUCAGGGCAAAUAAUGGAAAGAUUUAUCCUUAUUUGGUCGUGAAUGAUGCUUGUUUAUCAGACUCACGGAGAGAAGAACGUGUCCUCCAAUUGUUGAGGAUAUUAAAUCUGUACUUUGAAAAACGCAAGGAAUCGAGCAAAAGACAUCUAUUGUUCACUGUACCUCGAGUUGUAGCUGUUUCACCACAAAUGAGAUUAAUUGAGGAUUCGCCGACCACAGUUACAUUAAAAGAUGUCAUGAAAAUGCACUAUGUAAAGCGAAGUAUUGACGAAGACACGGCGGUUUCCCUGUACUACGAAAGAUUAGCUGCGGUACAAGCAAGAGGAGAACAAAGCACACAUCAAGUGCUCAGAGAUAUUUUUAAAGAGAUCCAAAGUACCAUUGUUCCUGAAGUUGUUUUAAAAGAAUGGGCACAGCGUACAUAUCCAGGGGCAGCUGAUUUUUGGACAUUCAGAAAACAGUUUACUACUCAGCUGACUCUGCUUCAGUUUGCGGAAUUCACACUUCAUCUGUCGAGACUCUCUCCAGAGAUGCUGCAGAUCAUUCGUGAGAGUGGAAGAUUAAACGUCGGCUAUUAUAAAUUUGAAAUUGACGAUAACAAAGGUGAACUGGACGCAAAUCGUCCAGUGCCAUUUCGACUGACACCAAAUAUUAGUGAGCUAAUAUCACCAGUUGGUAUUGGUGGUGUUUUGACAUCAUCCAUGGUUGCCGCAGCGAGGUGUUUGAUUGAUCCAAAAUUCAGCGUUGAUAGCAUUCUGCGGGCUAUUUUAAGAGACGAAAUGAUUUCCUGGCAUAAGAAGAAACACGACGGUCAACUUCAUUCUAAUGGACAGUCAUCCUCCGAACAGAUUGACAACGAAGUGUUGAUAAAUUUAGUAAAUGGUGCUGUUGGUUCAAUUAUGACCCGCUUACAAAAUUUGGCCGAAUUUGAAGGAGCGGAGACGAAGGUGACAACCUUGGUUGGGGCUGCGAUGAGUCCGGACAAUUUAUGUCGUAUGGAUCCUGCCUGGCAUCCUUGGUUAUAAAACUCUGGUAACUCCUUCAUCUAUGGAAACUGUCCUACUCGUGCUAAAUCAUGGACAUAGCCAUGUCAGCCACCUUACGGGGAGGAUCGGAAGAUUUCUGUUAGCCAUGUGACGCAUGUUGCAUCUGUGCAAUGCAGUACUGUGAAAACGUUUGUACAUGACAAUAUUCAAAACUUUUUAAAAUUGUUAGUUGUUUUCUUAUAAAGAGAUAGACUGUAUAAUUUUCGCGUACCUAGUCUAGGGCUGGGGAACUAGAAUCGUGAUUAAAAAUAGAUCUUCAUGAAAUCUGUAAACUUGUUCCAUAAUUAUUGAAUCAUUUUAUUUAUUAAGACAUACAUCUUCACGUAGUUACCAUUAGGUUAUUUAGAUAACGUGUCCCAUAAUCGUACUUGUCGUGCUCAAAAACUGUGAAAUACCUUUCACGUUAGUAUAUUUUGCAGUAUUUUAUUUUGUGAAAGAGCUUGUAACAUAAUUUGUAAAUCACUAGGUUGUCUAGUUUUAACCUAUUUAUAUUUUUUUCAAUAAAUUGUACAUGAAAUUA